UUCAAUAUUAAAUAAAUCAACAAUAACCACAACAACCAUUGUAAUAUUGCUAAAAAACAUGGAACGAAAACGUUUAAAAAUCCUUUUCCUAUCAUCCGAUGGUGCUGGCCACAUAAAUGCAUGUGUGGGCCUUGGCCAAGAAUUUGCCAAACGAGGUCAUAGCGUCCAUUUCUUCACUAGUCCAAAAAACGUUGGCAAUUUCGAAAAACUUGGCUUCAAAGAAAUCCUCUUGGAAAUCAAACAACAUGAUGACGAUCAGAAGCAAGAUUCAAGUCAAUUGAGAAACAGUAUCGUCAAAUCGGAUCUUUUAGCCGAUUUAUCGCCCUACGAUCAGCUGGAUGUUUUUGACCGUCACAAGAAUAGCGAUUUUUUUGCCAUAUCAAUGGUUCAAGAGAUUGUUAAAGUUCACCAACAAAUCAAGCAAGUGAUCGAGGACGAAAAGCCCAAUCUGAUCAUUGUCGAUUACAUAUUGGUGGCGCCAUGUAUCGCGUACGGAAAUGUUCCAUGGGCAUAUCUGUGCAGCCACAAUCCACUUCACUUGUUCAAUUCUCAAUUACUGCCGCCAAUCACUUCGGGCUUACCCAGUCACGAUCGUACAGGAUGGGCCGAUUUCUAUGAUAAAUUCCGGCGAACCUAUCAUUCCAGUCUGCAGCAUUUUCAAAACGUGUUGAACAAACAUUACGGCUAUUCACAAGUGGUGAACCAGGAUCAAUUUAUAUUGACAUCACCUCAUCUCAACAUCUAUGGCUAUCCCGAUGAAUUGGACUAUACAGACAUUAUCACACCGGCCGAUAAUGUCGUACGUUUGGACGCAUUCUUUCGUCAAUCCAUCGACCACCACCAAGUUUUUGAGCUUCCCGAACAAUUUAAAGCCAAAUUAACUGCCGGUGAUGGUCAAGUCAAAUUGAUUUAUUUUUCCUUAGGCACGUUCGGCAGUACCAACGUGAAAUUGAUGCAGAAAAUCAUUGAUGAAUUGGCCACAUGUAAACACCAGAUAAUCGUGUCCACUGGGCAAUCACAUCAACAAUUAUCACUUGGUGACAACAUGUUUGGCCAAUCUCAUCUGCCACAGAUGGCCAUUCUAUCUAUGGUCGACUUGGUCAUCACUCAUGGUGGUAACAACACUGUGACCGAAACGAUGGCCAAUGGAAAACCAAUGAUAGUGAUGCCAUUGUUUGCCGAUCAACAUGACAACGCACAACGAAUCAUGGAGAAAGGAUAUGGCCAUCGAAUCAAUCCUCAUCGAUUCCGGCCCAAAGAGCUGAAUCUACUUGUCGAUCAAAUUCUAGCGGACAAUACGAUGAUUGAACGCUGCGCAAAGGCUGGUCAUCGUAUUCGAGAUUCAAAUUCAAAAGCCAAAGCAUGCGAAAAGAUUGAACAAUUGUUGAGUGGCCAUAUUCAAUGAAUGAAUGAAUCUAUUUGUUUCAUUAUCAUGUGAAAUAUGAAAUAGUGUGUGGCAUGUAUAAAUUUAUACAUGUGAAAAAUAGAAAAUAAAAUAUCAUUCGCAUACAUA